CGGAAUGCUGCGCGAAAACAGCGGAUUUGAGAUUGAGGAAACCACCUUCAGAAUAGCUGCUUUUGUUGACCCUGCUAGUUUUGCUAGCAAUUGACAGACUUCUUCAGAUUAGCCUCGAUUGUAGCAAAGUAUCUGUCAGACAAAAAUUACGGCGGUAACAUAUUAAUUUGUUUCGUCGAAUGGAGUUGACAUGUCAUGAAGAUGGAGGAUUCAUAACUACAUCAAACUGUACCACCCAAUCUGCUGAAGUCAUGGCUAUCCGGGCCUGCAAAGACCCUGUCUUGACAACGGACUAUCGGAUUUGGCAAAAUCUCUUAGUCAUAGAGAAGACAAGUCGAGUUAUGCCAUCCUACUUUGGCACAGUUCAGACAGAUAUUCAACCCUACAUGAGGAGAGUAUUGGCUGUAUGGAUGCUGCAGGUUUGUGAGGAGCAGAAGUGUGAAGAAGAGGUGUUUCCUUUGGCAAUCCACUACCUAGAUCGUUAUUUGAGUCGUGUUUUUGUUCAGAGGACAAACCUGCAGCUUCUAGGAGCUGUUUGUAUGUUCCUAUCUUCCAAGCUACGAGAAACAGUUCCCUUGAGUGCCAGAAGGCUUUGUAUCUACACAGACAAUGCCAUUUCUGUCUCUGAUCUCCUGCAGUGGGAGCUGCCUGUAGUAGCUGGGUUAGAAUGGAAUCUUGGCUCUGUGCUUCCCUCUGACUUCCUGGAACCCAUUCUUCAUGAAAUACCAAUAAUCCCUCUCAACCUCCAUGCCUUGCGCAGACAUGUCCACUCCUACAUCGCCCUUGCAGCAACAGAAUAUACAUUUUCAAUGUUCCUGCCCUCAACAAUCGCCUGUGCCAGUGUGGCAGCUGCUAUCCGCAGACUUAGUCUUCUUAAUGGAGGGCUCUCCACUGAUUCACUCAUGCAGCUUCUGGCUAAUUUGUUGGCCAUUGAUCUAGACUCCCUCUGCUCCUGUUAUGGACAGUUGGAAAAUAUGCUUGACCUCAACCUUCCCUCGUGCUCCCAAUCCACAGCUGUCAGCCGGCCAGGAACACCUGCCCUUGAGCAUAGCUACACCCCCACUGACGUGCAGGACGUACAUUUGUCCCCCUUGGUCUACAAAUGAUGUACACAACUUCACUUUAACUAGUCUCAGGAGCGAUUGGCAGUUUAUUUAUGUAAUAAUUCAAGUGAGACCAGAGCAAUAGCUAAUGGCAGUAUGCAACACUGUAGAGUGGUACAAGCACAUUAUCUCUGUACCAAGAUUGUCUGUGAUAACUUGAAGUUCCUCGUACACUUGGUGUUCACACAUAAUUAAUUAGAGGAUGUCCUUUUGUGACAUUAUGUAAUGGUUCCCUGCUAUUAGUCAGUCUAUUUAAGAGUUCUGUGUUGUUGUUGUUUGGCAGUUGCUUCUAACAUUUAAAAAAAAGUUUUGUUUCUUUAUCUUGCUUUAGUAUACAGUUGCAAUAGUAUUCCUAUUUGGUUAGUGACGUUUGUUUUCACUUCAGACAUGCCAUUUGUCACACUUGCCUGACAUUUUUCACUUGAUGUUAAUGUGAGCUUGGUGAGUCAAUGCUUUCAAUGCAUACAAUAUGAAUUAUCAUAAAAGAUUUCUUAUCUAUUAAAUGUAUUCAGUCCUUAUUGAUUCUGAAGUGAAAUUAUUCUCGAUUCCUAACAAUGUGCUGAGAU